GGGGGCGGAGAACAGUCUUUGGGCUGACGUGCCCUGACGUCACGGCUCAGCUGUAGUAUUGAUCCAAGAUGGCGGCCGAAAUGGAACAGCAGAGCGCAGGGGGGAGAUUGACCUAGAAGUUGGGGACUGAAACUGCAACUGUCAGCUGGAUAUGUGCCCGUCCUGAUGAGUCCGGAGCCAAUAAGGCACAAUGUGGAAGUGGUAUUCUGGCGACGAGUCGACCCUUCAAGGAGGAGCUCCAGACAAUGAGGGGAGCCCUGUUGGCACCAUGUCAGUUGCAGAUCUGACAGAACAGCUGGCACAGACCGAGCAGCUGGUGGUUCAACUGAAGGAACUUAUCAGAGAGAAAGAUAAUGAGCUUCGCAAGAAGGAUCAGCAGCUCAAGGAGGAAAAAGAAUCUGCAGAGUCUAAGAUAUCAAAGGCCAAGCUCCAAAAUAAAGCGAAGAUUGUGUCUCUGACAUCGCAACUGGAAGAGCUAAAGAAACAGCAGGCUUCACCCAGACCACAAGAGAAAAAAUCUGAAAACAAAAAGGCCACUGGAGAAGGAGAUUACGAAAACAGUUCAGCAAAUCGAGGAAAAAUUCUUCUGUUAAAAAGGCGGGUUGAAGAAUUGGAGUCACAGUUAGCACUUAAAAAUGAAGAACUUCAAAAAAAGGAGGCUGACCUGGAGCAGCAGAGGUUGCGGGGCUCUCAGAUGGAUGCUAUGCUUAGUGAAAAGGAGAAGAAAUUGGCUGCCAAAGAGGCCUAUAUCAUCGACUUGCAGAUGGCUGCAGGAUCCAACAAUGUACCUAGUUCUCAAGAUAACACUCAGGAAAAAAACAACGGCACAUCUAAUCAGGAGCUGCAGGUUCUAAUCCAGAACCUUACAAGGAAAGUGGGAGAAAGUGAAGAGAAGUGUAGCCUUCUCCAAGAGCAGGCCGAGAGUUUGAAAACCCUACUGAACAAAGAGAAGGAUCACUUCAAGGAGAGGGAGGCGAUGUACACGGAAAAUAUCCGGGUGUUCCAAAACUUAGUCCAGGAAAAGGAGAAAGAGCUGAAGGAACAGUCACAGAAACACGAGCAAGAAAUUUUCAAACUAUUGGCAAAAUCCGAUGCCAAUGCUGAUCUGCAUCAGCUGCUCAAGGCCUUAAAACAGAAACUGCACGAGGAAGAGGAGGUUUUACUUGGGAAGAAUCAAGUGAUUGAUGUGCUACAGAAAGAACUAGAUAAUAAGGAACAAGAGAAUAUGGAAAUAACAGAAAAGUGUAAGCGUCUUCAAUCAGAAAAAGAAAAUCUACAGUCCAAGUUGGAAGCGGAGAAGCAUGUAAUGAGAGCGCAGCUAAGAGACAUGAUGGAUAAGCAUGAGAGUGACCUGCGGGGCUUGCAUGACAAACACAAUGCCGAGAUGCAGCAAAUUCAGGAGAAGCACGAGUUGGAAAUCCAAGAGAAGUGCCUGACCGUACAGCAGCUACAGCAACAACUUCAGAACUUGGGGAAUAGCGUAGGAGAGACUGCCCAACCCACAAACAGCGGAGAAACAGCAGUCAUUAAACUUCAAGGUGAAGCCAAGCUGAAAACAGAAGAGGCAAGUAAAUCCGAAGCUAAAUUCCUUAAAAUGAAGGCUUGGUCAAAGUCCAAAAUCAGACAGUUGGAGGAAGAACUAAAAAUUUCUGAAGCCAAAAAACAGGACCUGUCUGGCCUGAGCAAUCGCAUUGUAGAAUUAGAAGAGGAGAAGCAUGAACUGGAAACAAAACUUGAAACUUUAACAGAUCUUCAGGCAAUAAAUGAACAACUUUUGGCCAAGCUUGUGCUCUAUGAAGAGCAACAGAGGAAGCUGCAGGCAGAUCUCGAGCAGGUUGCAAAGAGGGCAGACUCGCAGACAAGCGAGUCGGGGAGCGUGGAUGAGCUGCACAACCAUCUUCUGGAAUGGAAUGAAAUGAGCCCUGAAAUUGAAGAAGCACCAAAGAACAGCAGCGAGGAGAAGUCUGUCCUGGCUCUGAGGAUGGCACAGAUAGAAGAAGAAAGAGAAGGACUGAUUGAGGAUGACUGGUUCUUUCCUGGCUGCUCCGAUCCAGCCAUGGACUCAGGGCAGCAGGAGCUGGAGGAGGAGCUGAGUGCAUUUCGAGGCCUGGGGAAAAUGCGACCGGCGAGGAGGAAAAGCAGCAAAGCAGCGCCAAAGAUGCAGGAGGAUGAUGAUUACAGCAGAAAGGGCUUUGAUGAUCAGAACAUGACUCUGGACAGCAUCGAUUCUGCUGAGGGCGAGAACAUGGGAGGUUGGUGGCCUGAAUACGCUCCUUUUAACUCAGGAUUACGCACGGUGGUGGAAGAGCUUGAACUGGAGAGGAACCAACUGCAAGAGCAAAUUAUGACCUUGGAAGAGCGUUGCCAGGAGCUGGAAGACAGAUUACAACUUCAGCUAAGAAUUGAGUCUUUGCAGGUAACAUUUGAUGUAGAAGAAGAUGCUCUGCCCAUAAGUCAGAGUGAAAAUGAACAUUUGCAGGCCCAGCUUGGACAGCUACAUCAACAGCAGAACCUGGAGACCGAAAAGCAAUACAACAUUUCAUCCACGCUAAGCGAACAGCUGAAGGGUUUCACAGACCGAAACGCGUUCCUUGAAAAUGUUAUAGUGGAAAAGGAGCAGGUCAUUGUGGAAGCAGCAGGCAAACUGGAGGAGCUGGCAAUGUUAAAAAAGAACUUGAAAGAAAGAGAGGAUUUAAACAAAGCACUUGCUGAGAAGUUGGAUCAGAGCGAACUUCAGUUUGAAGAGACCAGGAAGAAGCUAGCUGAUUUAGAAGCUGAAAGUCAAGCUCUGAAAUUGUCGAACAAUGAAUUAACUGAGAAGGCGGCAGCCUUAAAAGAAAGGUUGUUAAAACAAGAUGCUGCCUUGGAAAAGACGCAGCUGGAUCUUGAGCAGACAAAUGAAGAGCUGGAUAGACUAAAUACAAGUCACCUGGAAGAGCGCUCCCAACUUAUUUAUGACCUGCAAAGGAGUGAGAGAGAAAUGGACGUCCUAAGAGAAGUUUUGCAGGAAAAAGAUAAGGAACUAGCAUCCAUUUCCUCCAGUUUGACUGAAUACAGUGAGCAAGUGGUCAUUUUGAAAGACCAAAUUGACUUUAAAAACGAACAGAUGAGAGAGCUGUCCAAUGCCCUUGUGAAAGCAGAGCGGGAAAGUCACCUUUUGAGAGAGGCACAGACAGCAGAUACACAGGAAACAAGUGACAAGAUUUCUUCCCUUACAGAUCAGCUUAGUGAGAUGGAUAUGGAAUUAAAUAAAGCAAAAAUCCUGAGCGAGACAAAAGCUAAGGAAGCAGAAGAACUAAUUAGACAAAUCAAUGAGAACGGCAUCACAAUUAAGAACCUUCGUUCAGAGAUUCAGGCGCACUCCGUUACACACAAUAAUCAUGUCAUGGAGUGCUCAACACAAAUUACAUCUCUUAAACAGCAAAUUAAUGCAUCUGUUGCUCAACUUGAUGAAACAGAAACAAAAUACAGAAAGGAAAUCAAAAGCCUAAAAUCGCAAUUAGAAAGCGAUGUUUCGGAGAGAGAAAAGAUUGCAGGGUUGCUGGCGGAAAAGAGCAGCAAAGAGCAGAGUUUUGAAAAUGAGUUGAAGGUGGCAAAAGAGCAAUAUAACAACUUAGUUUCCGGGAUAUCCAAAAAAAAUGAGGAGGUCGAAAAACUAUUGACUGAAGUCGCUGAGCAAAAGCAAUUUUGUGACCAUCUGAAAAAGGAGCUACAUAUCAAAGAGGAGGAUGCUUCAUCUUUACAGCAAAAGCUUUUAGCAGACAUUAAGGACAGGGAGGAGAUGCUGAGGGGUCUUCAAGAGCGCACACAGGAACUUCAGGUGCAACUCACUGAAAAACUAGAUAACAUCAAUAAAUCGGAUGCAGCCAAGAAUGAACUUGUCGAACAAAACAAGAUGCUUGAAAUAGCACUUGCUGAAAGAGACAAAAAUCUGGUGGUCCAUCUAACUGCUACAGAAGAAUGUAGAAAAAGCAUUCUUGACUUGGAACAGCAGAACCAACAACUGCACAGUGAGAAAGAACAUUUAGGAAAAGAACUCUCCGAGCAAAAGCAAUUUUACGAUGAUCUGAAAAAGGAACUGAACAUCAAAGAGGAAAAUGCUUUGUGUCUGCAGAAAAAGCUGGAAAUGGACAUUAAUGACAGGGAUGAAACGCUGAGGGUUUUUGAAGAGCGCGUGCAAGAACUUCAGAAGCAGCUUGAUGAAGAAUUAGUAAAUAUUCAUAAUUUAAACGCUGCUAAGGAUGAACUUGACCAACAGCACAAAAUACUUGAAGUAGCUCUUGCCGAAAAGGACAAAAAUCUAUCAGUCCAUCUAAACAUAACUGAGGAAUGUAGAAAACACAUUUUUGACUUGGAAGAGCAGAAACAGCAGCUGAACAGCGAGAAUGAACAUUUACUAGAAGAAUCCACCAAGCAAAAGCAGAGUUGUGAUCAUCUGACUGCUGAACUGCGAGUCACAGAGCAAAAUGCUUCAUCUUUACAGCAAAAACUUGAAGCCGACAUUAAAGACAGGGAUGAACAGCUGAGGGUUCUUCAGGAGAGCACACAACAACUUCAGAAGCAGCUUGAGGAAAAAGUAGAAAGCAUGAAUACAUUGGAUGCAGCAAAGAAUGAAGUGUGUGAGCUAAACAAGAAGCUUGAAUCAUCUCUUGCAGAGAAAAAUAAAAAUCUGGGAGUUUAUCAGACCUUGGCAGAAGACUUAAGAAAGAGCAUUCUUGACUUGGAGCAGCAGAAGCAACAGUUGCAUAGUGAGAGAGAGCAUAUACGGCAAGAACUGAGUGCCAGAGAAUCUGCAUUGUUGUCCACGAACCAAGUACUGCAAGACUUGCAGAGGAAAAUGUCUGAAACGGAGCUCCUCUUAAUGGAAGAGAAGAAAUGUGUUUCUCAGCUGACAUCCGAUAAAGAGGAACUGCAAUUAAAAAUCAGCCACAUGACUGAGCAAAGUUUGGAGAGAGAUGCCUUCAUCUCAAAGCAACUGGAAGAUAAAGCAUUGGAGAGCUUUACUUUAAAGGAUCAGCUAUCUGAGGAAAAGCAGAAUGCCAUGAAUUUACAAAGUCAGAUUCACGUUCAGGAAAAUCAGCUAAAGGAUUCUCAAAAACAAGUUCAGCAGAGUGUUGAUGAACUUGAAUUAAUGAAGGCUGAAUAUAAUAAUAUCUGUGAAAGUCUCAAGCAAAAUGAAGAAAGAAACAUUGAGCUCCAAAAGCACGUUGAAGAGCUGACAAUUUCUCUUGAGAAGGAGAAGCAAGUACUGCACACAGAAAUAGAACAAUGGAAAGCUAGCUUUGCAGCUCUGCAAAAUGAAGAAAACAUUCUUCAAGAGGAACACAAAUGCUUUUCCCAGCAGAUAACAGAGCUAAAUGCCGAACUUUUGAAGCUGAAUGUGGAUCGAGACAGACUGCAACAGGAGGCUGUGCACAAAACUGAAGAAAAUGCAUCAUUACUCAAAAGCCUGGACAGUAUUAGUAUUGAAGCAAAUAAAUUAAAAACCGAAAAAGAGGAGAUCUUGGUUCUAAUAAACAGCACUGAGACCCAACGUGACAGUCUUCAAUCACAACUGCUGCAAAGUCAGCUAGAAACAGGUACAUUAAAGAAGCAAUUAGACAAUUUCAAGAUAGACAAUGAAAACCUGCAUUCUGAGAUUGAGCGUGUCAACAAUACAUUAGCCAACAAAUUGGAAGAAAUCAGUGUUUUGACUUUGCAUUUAUCACAGCAGGCAGAUACAAUAUCAUCUUUGAAAGACCACGUUGAUACUGUACUUGUAGAGAAUCAGACAUUGCUGAAUACUGUUAAUGAGAAAGAUGCACUUGUUUGCCAGAAGGAAGAACUAAUUCAGCUUGCAGAGAAAAAACUGGAAGGUGAAAGUCAUUAUCUACAAAGAAUUUCGGAUCUCCAGAAUGAGGUACAAAGUUCAGAGCAAAAUGCUUCAUCUUUACAGCAAAAACUUGAAGCCGACAUUAAGGACAGGGAUGAACAACUGAGGGUUCUUCAGGAGAGCACACAACAACUUCAGAAGCAGCUUGAGGAAAAAGUAGAAAGCAUGAAUACAUUGGAUGCAGCAAAGAAUGAAGUGUGUGAGCUAAACAAGAAGCUUCAAUCAUCUCUUGCAGAGAAAAAUGAAAAUCUUGGAGUUUAUCAGAACUUGGCAGAAGACUUAAGAAAGAGCAUUCUUGACUUGGAGCAGCAGAAGCAACAGUUGCAUAGCGAGAGAGAGCAUAUACGGCAAGAACUGAGUGCCAGAGAAUCUGCAUUGUUGUCCAUGAACCAAGUACUGCAAGACUUGCAGAGGAAAAUGUCUGAAACGGAGCUCCUCUUAAUGGAAGAGAAGAAAUGUGUUUCUCAGUUGACAUCCGAUAAAGAGGAAAUGCAGUUAAAAAUCAGCCACAUGGCUGAGCAAGGUUUGGAGAGAGAUGCCUUCAUCUCAAAGCAACUGGAAGAGAAAGCAUUGGAGAGCUUUACUUUAAAGGAUCAGCUAUCCGAGGAAAAGCAGAAUGCCAUCAAUUUACAAAGUCAGAUUCACGUUCAGGAAAACCAGCUAAAGGAUUCUCAAAAACGAGUUCAGCAGAGUGUUGAUGAACUUGAAUUAAUGAAGGCUGAAUAUAAUAAUAUUUGUGAAAGUCUCAAGCAAAACGAAGAAAGGAACAUUGAGCUGCAAAAGCACGUUGAAGAGCUGACAAUUUCUCUUGAGGAGGAGAAGCAAGCACUGCACACAGAAAUAGAACAAUGGAAAGCUAGCUUUGCAGCUCUGCAAAAUGAAGAAAACAUUCUUCGAGAGGAACAUAAAUGCUUUUCCCAGCAGAUAACAGAGCUGAAUGUGGAUCGAGACAGACUACAACAGGAGGCUGUUCACAAAACCGAAGAAAAUGCAUCAUUACUCAAAAGCCUGGACAGUAUUAGUAUUGAAGCAAAUAAAUUAAAAACCGAAAAAGAGGAGAUCUUGGUUCUAAUAAAUAGCACUGAGACCCAACGUGAGAGUCUUCAAUCACAACUGCUGCAAAGUCAGCUAGAAACAGGUACAUUAAAGAAGCAAUUAGACAAUUUCAAGAUUGACAAUGAAAACCUGCAUUCUGAGAUUGAGCGUGUCAACAAUACAUUGGCCAACAAAUUGGAAGAAAUCAGUGUUUUGUCUUUGCAUUUAUCACAGCAGGCAGAUACAAUAUCAUCUUUGAAAGAUCACGUUGAUACUGUACUUGUAGAGAAACAGACAUUGCUGAAUACUGUUGAAGAGAAAGAUACACUUGUUCGCCAGAAGGAAGAACUAAUUCAGCUUGCAGAGAAAAAACUGGAAGGUGAAAGUCAUUAUCUACAAAGAAUUUCAGAUCUCCAGAAUGAGGUGCAAAGUUCAGAGCAAAAUGCUUCAUCUUUACAGCAAAAACUUGAAGCCGACAUUAAGGACAGGGAUGAACAACUGAGGGUUCUUCAGGAGAGCACACAACAACUUCAGAAGCAGCUUGAGGAAAAAGUAGAAAGCAUGAAUACAUUGGAUGCAGCAAAGAAUGAAGUGUGUGAGCUAAACAAGAAGCUUCAAUCAUCUCUUGCAGAGAAAAAUGAAAAUCUUGGAGUUUAUCAGAACUUGGCAGAAGACUUAAGAAAGAGCAUUCUUGACUUGGAGCAGCAGAAGCAACAGUUGCAUAGCGAGAGAGAGCAUAUACGGCAAGAACUGAGUGCCAGAGAAUCUGCAUUGUUGUCCAUGAACCAAGUACUGCAAGACUUGCAGAGGAAAAUGUCUGAAACGGAGCUCCUUUUAAUGGAAGAGAAGAAAUGUGUUUCUCAGCUGACAUCCGAUAAAGAGGAAAUGCAGUUAAAAAUCAGCCACAUCACUGAGCAAAGUUUGGAGAGAGAUGCCUUCAUCUCAAAGCAACUGGAAGAUAAAGCAUUGGAGAGCUUUACUUUAAAGGAUCAGCUAUCUGAGGAAAAGCAGAAUGCCAUAAAUUUACAAAGUCAGAUUCACGUUCAGGAAAAUCAGCUAAAGGAUUCUCAAAAACGAGUUCAGCAGAGUGUUGAUGAACUUGAAUUAAUGAAGGCUGAAUAUAAUAAUAUCUGUGAAAGUCUCAAGCAAAAUGAAGAAAGAAACAUUGAGCUGCAAAAGCACGUUGAAGAGCUGACAAUUUCUCUUGAGAAGGAGAAGCAAGCACUGCACACAGAAAUAGAACAAUGGAAAGCUAGCUUUGCAGCUCUGCAAAAUGAAGAAAACAUUCUUCGAGAGGAACAUAAAUGCUUUUCCCAGCAGAUAACAGAGCUGAAUGUGGAACGAGACAGACUACAACAGGAGGCUGUUCACAAAACCGAAGAAAAUGCAUCAUUACUCAAAAGCCUGGACAGUAUUAGUAUUGAAGCAAAUAAAUUAAAAACCGAAAAAGAGGAGAUCUUGGUUCUAAUAAAUAGCACUGAGACCCAACGUGAGAGUCUUCAAUCACAACUGCUGCAAAGUCAGCUAGAAACAGAUACAUUAAAGAAGCAAUUAGACAAUUGCAAGAUUGACAAUGAAAACCUGCAUUCUGAGAUUGAGGGUGUCAACAAUACAUUGGCCAACAAAUUGGAAGAAAUCAGUGUUUUGUCUUUGCAUUUAUCACAGCAGGCAGAUACAAUAUCAUCUUUGAAAGAUCACGUUGAUACUGUACUUGUAGAGAAACAGACAUUGCUGAAUACUGUUGAAGAGAAAGAUACACUUGUUCGCCAGAAGGAAGAACUAAUUCAGCUUGCAGAGAAAAAACUGGAAGGUGAAAGUCAUUAUCUACAAAGAAUUUCGGAUCUCCAGAAUGAGGUGCAAAGUUCCGUCUCUGAACGCAUGCAACUGCAGCACAGAAUUAAAGAAGAGGAACUUAAACUUACAAAUAUGGCACAGGAACUCAAGUUGUACAAGGAUAAAAGUGAGGAAGCACAGCUGGUAAAAGUUCAGUUAUCUGAGCAGGUGAAGGUCAUUUCUGAUCUUCACUGUAAGAACAAAAGCCUCAGAGAAAGAGUAGAUGAAUUAAACAUAGCUCUGACCGAAAAGGAUGAAUCUCUAAAAGAAAAGGCUGAUGGUUUUGUUAAUCUGAAAGGUUUGUAUGUAGGGGCCCAGGAAACCUUAGACAACCAGAAAAAGCAGAUAAACAGUCUGUUAACCGAGAGUGAAAAUUAUAAAGCACUUUUAUCUGAAAAAGACUCAGCAAUACAAAAAUCAGGAAUCGACUAUGAAGAAAUCAAAAUCAAUAUGGCCGACAAAGAAAGACAAUGUGAAAACCUAAGACAACAGGUCUCAGAACUGGAAGGAAUCAACACAAAUCAGAAUAAGGAUUUGAGUGAAUUCAGUCUUAAAGUGAAAGAAAAUGAAAAUUCCCUUUUGGCCAAAGAGAGCAGAAUACAGGAGCUUGCCUGCAAAUUAAGCGAUCUGGAACAGUCUAUUGUGGAAAAGGAAUCUGCCAUGCAGAACUUUCAGGACAAAUAUGCAUCGUUGCUUGACUGUAAACUGGAACUUGAGCAAACAGUGGCCAUAAAAGAACAAGAGAUUUCUCAACUUCUUCACGCUGCACAGGAAAAAGACGAGCGAUUGCAAUCGUCUGAGGAUAUUGCUGAAGCCUGUUCUAACAAAAUUGGACUUUUGAGAGAAGAAUUAGACCAAUACUCAUCUAACUUAAAGAAAGCCUCCAUCACACUCCAAGAGAAAGAGGAAGCAAUACUUCAGAAACAGCAAAUGGUGCAGUCUGUGGAAUCACAGCUGAAGUCUAUGACCGAAGAUUAUGAGCAGACCAUGUCUCGGCUUCAUGCACUGGCUCAAGAGAGAGAACAGCAAAGCUUCCUUAUACAACAACUCGAAGAGAAAUGUAACUCUCAGUCCCUACAAAUUAUAGACCUUAAGUCUGAUGUGGAUCAUCUAACUUCUAAAUUACUUAAAGCCAUCAGUGAGCAUGCCCUUCAGAAAGAACAGUAUGAUUUGCAGGUUCAGUCUGCAACGCAACAAAGCACCCAGUUAGAAAAAGAGUUACAAGAAUUGCAGGCCGAAAAGGAGCACUCCAUGGGAUCUCUGCAAAUACAGUUAACAGAAAAAUCAGAUGUCAUUAAAGAACUCAAGGAAAAACUUGAUUUGCAUGUAAUGGAAGCUGAAACUCAAUUAUACUCCAACAUCCUUCAACUGAAGACUGAAAAUUCUGACCUUCUGAAGCAGUUUAAUGCACAGGCUGAAGAGAUAUUGGCAUUGAAACUGAAUAUAGAAACUCAAGAACAUAAUCUUGCUGAACAGCAGCAACAAUCAGAAAAUGCAUUGCUUAAAGUUAAUGAGGAAAAGGAUACACUUGCUAACCAUAAAGCCAGUUUAGAAAACGAAAUCCAAAUGAAAGAGACUAUAAUACAAACUUUGCUUAAAGAUAUGCAUUUUGUAGAGGAACAGUUAGGUAUUCUCUCCGACACAAAUCUCCCAGACUGUCCGUCGUUUGGCGAAGGUUCCAGUUACAAUAGCAAAUUAGAAGGCCUUUGUUCUAUGUUUUCUGUAGCAUUAAAACACAAGGCAAUCGUGGCAGAGUUAAAGCAAACCCUAGAGACCAAAGAUCAUGAAAUUGAUCAAAAGUCAGAAUCAGUCCAGGCACUCGAGAAAGAUUUAGCUGCUGUGCAAGAGAAGUUACAAACUUUGCGAGAUAGUAGUACGACAGAAAAAGAAACGCUCAUGAAAGAAAUAGAUGCUUUUAAAGUUGCAUGUCACCAACAAGAAUGCCAUCUACAAGAGAGAGAAGAGCUAAACACGUGUGUUGCAACCCUUCUGGAGCAGCGAGAUGCUUCAAAAGCCGAGCUUGAAAAAUGUUGCAGGGCACUGGAUGAGGAAACAAAUAAGAUGAAGGGGCUUUUAGAAGACGGAAAGAAUAAAGAAAUGCUCAUUGAAAAUCUCAAUAUACAGCUGAGCCAACAGAAGGAGCUGAUAACCGCACUAAGCGAACAAAUAAAAGACAAAGAUGCUUCUAUCAUGCAAGUCAUGGAAUCCAUGUCUAAUGAAAUAGUUAAGUCUUCCGAAGAGAAAAAUGUUUUGGAAGCUGAGAUUCAGAAGUUACAUUCAAAAAUAAAUGGACUGUCUGAGAAACUGGAAGCAUGUAAAACAGAGUUACAAAGUUCUCAGGCGACGAUGGCUGAAAAGGAAAUGUCUUUGAGCGGUUUGCUGAAAGAGAAAGACCAGUCGCAGUUUCAACUGGAGAAAUUCAGCAAAGAAAAAGAGAACUUGAAAAGAAAACUGCAGGCAGCUCUGGUGGUUAGGAAAGAUUUAAUGCAAAAAAUGGAAACUAUUGAGAAAACCAAACAAGAGGAAAUACAUAAUAAAGACAUUGAGAUUGAAGAGAUCAAGGGUACCAUUGAGGAGCUAAAUUCCAAACUAGAAUGUGAACAGAGUCAGAAAGAAGAUCUCAAAUCUCAAAUUGAACAUCUCAUGCAAGAAUCACUGGAGAAAGACAGAAGAACAAAUGAGUUACUUCAUGAUCUAAAUGAAAAAGAAACCAAUUUGAAAGUAAUACAGGAUCAAACUAAUGUGUUACAGCACCGCCUAUCUGAAAAAGAAAAUGCAUGUGAAGAAUAUAAGCAAGCUGUCCAGGAAAAUGAAAUUAACAUUUCCCAAAAUCGUGAAUCGAUGAAUGAAGAGAUGAAAACUUUGGAAGAGGAAAACUUGCAGCUCCACAAAAAUAUUGAAAGACUAAAAUCUGAUCUUGAUAAGAACUGCAUGCCUCCUUUUGAGCCUAAAGCAUCGAUCAGUCCAAACAAACAGGAUGAUGCUUUACAUCAGGAAAAUACAGUUGUCCAUAAUAACGUUCAUGCAUCUCUAUUAUGCAGUGAGCGAGACACAGAAAUACCAACCAGGGAUGACUAUGCCAAGUUGCUUGAUGAUUUGAAUCAUGGUGCUAAAGAAUUGGAACACCUAAAGACAGAACAUGCUGAUUUGCAAAAGACAUGUGAAACCCUGUACAAAAUGAAUGAAGAAAGUGAAAAACAGCUACAUAUGUUACAGCAGCAGCUAAAUAACAAAGAGCAAAUAGCUGAAACACAGAGACAAAGAAUUGAAAGUAUUCAACAGGAGUUAAGUAAAAAAGAACAGUAUGAAAACAUUAUAUUGGCGCUCAAAUCAAAUGUUGAAGAAAAGGACUCACAGCUGGGGCAGUUAUGCUCUGAAAAUUCCAAGUUGCUAGAUGAAAGCCAAAUGUUAAAGGACGAAAUGCAAAAGCUGUUGGCUGAGCAUGAGGUAAAACGAGAGGAGGUCCACGAUAUGAAGAGUGAGUUGACCUCUGAGAUUAGUCUACUCCAGCAGAAACUUGAAAGUUCCCAACUGGUUGUUCAACAGAUAGGCCAAGAAAGGGAUACAUAUUUUGAAGCUCAAAGAACAAAGCAAGUAGAAAUUGAACAGUUGAAAGAUGAACUUCUUUUGACAAGCCAAGUUUUGGUGGAAAAAGGUACAGAGCUUGUAAGAGUGCAGAAUUUACUUCAGGAAAAUAUAAGGACAUCCAGCCUCGAUGUUGUAGAACUGCAAAACAAAUUAACAAAGACUGAAUAUGAAGCAAAUGAACUCCAGAAUGCAUGUGAUAAAAUAAGUGAGGAAAUGAGUAUGUAUGUUAAUAAACUGGAAAGGGCAAAUUCUGAAAUAUUCGAUCUGCAAUUAAAGUUGAAGGACUACUCGAAGGAAGAUGAGACCUUAAAACAAAGGAGUAGCACGCAAUCACUCGGCAAUCACUAUGGUGACCUGGAAAAUGUUUCUGAUGCAGAUCCACAAAUGUGUCAUAGUUGUUCAGCAAAGGAAACCAUGAUUGAAGAGCUCAAGAGGCAGGCUCUGCAGACUUCCAAAGCAAUGUCAGAACUCGUGCAACAGCAAGAAAGCAAGAGCUCCGGGGAAUCAACAUCCAAAGAGCAAUUACAAAGAAAGCUGCAAGCCGCACUAAUAUCUCGCAAAGAAGUUUUGAAAGAGAGCAAACUAUUGAAACAAACCAUAGAAUCCCUGAGAGCAGACCUGGAUGGACUUGCUGAAGCCCAUGAAAAGAAGAGUUCUGAAAUAUGUUUACUCUCUCGGGAGAAGGAAGGCCUACUUACUGAGAAAAACAAACUUUUAUCUGUCAAUGAAAAUCUUUCUGCAGCCUGUGACAGUCUAAAGACUACAAUGGAAACAAUAGUUCAGGAAAAGGAAGCUUUCUCCUUCCAGUUAAACUCUCUUAAGGAUUCCCAAACUGUUGAGCUGUCUGGAUGGAAAGCUAGGCAUGCUGAGUUAAAUAAUGAGUAUGAGUCCCUUCUCCAAGCAUAUGAAAACAUUGGUGAUGAAAUGGAUAAAAUGAGACAGGUCAUAGAAAUCACCAAGCAAGAAAAGAAUGAACUACUUCAUAGAGUUCAUGGCUUCCAGAUUGAGAAUCAUGAUCUGGUAAUACAGAUUCAAGAAAAUAGCGAUGAAACCGAUAACCUGAGAACUAUGCUGGAAUCCAAAGAACAAGAUAUCAAGACAUUAGAGCAAGAAGUGGAUAGUAUUUCUAGUUUGGAAAAAGCGCCUGGCGAAGUGCUACGUCGCCUUGAAGAGCUAUCAAAUGAAAAUGAUCAGCUCACAGAAGAGAACAAAAGAUUGGUAGAAACCUGUGAACAUAUAAAGAUAUCCAGCAAAAGUAUUGAGGAGGAAAAUAAUAACCUGCUGAUUAGUAAGAAUUAUUUGGAAAACUUGCAAAUUGAAAUGGAUGCAAACAAGCAUGAAAUGGAGAUCAAGAUGUCUGAAUUACUUUCUGUAAACGAAGAGCUGUCUAAGAGAGUUGCUGAGUUGAACAUCGAGCUUGCAGAGAGCAGAGACGGCUUGGGUGACAUUUCUACAGAAAGAUAUCAACUUGUAGAAGAGCAGGAGAAACUUAAACUUAUGCUGAAAGAACAAACAAAUGCUGUCUUGAAACUAGAAAGCAACUUAAAUAUCCUGCAUUUAGACAAGGUCAACCUUGAUGAAAAAGUCAAAAUCCUAGAAGAUGAGAAGGCAAUCCUACAAGAGGAAAUCAAAAGUGUCCAAGAGCAGUUCUGCAAAGUGAAGAACGAAAAGGAGUGUUUAGAGGCAGAGUUACUGAAUGCUGUAAGAAACAACAAACAGUUAACCGAAACGUUUAAAUCCUUACAAGUACAAACAAAUUUCUUGAGUCAACAGGUGGAGUGUUUGAGGUCGGAAAAGAACAACAUCAUGAGAGAAAAAGAAGAGCACCAGUUGCAGGUUCUGCAUAAACUUGAGCAAAGAGUAAAGUGCGCCCAAGAUGACAACAGGGGAACCAAAAGCAAAUCCAAAGAGUUGCAAGAACUCCUCAAAGAGAAGCAGCAAGAAAUCAGCCAGCUGCAACGAGACUCCAUACGAUUUCAGGAGCUGAUCCUAGAUCUAGAGGGAUCUGUAAAGGAGUCCAAUACUCAGAAUGAAAGUCUUAAGGUGCAACUUGAUAAAACUGUAGGCGAACUGGAACGAGUAUGUAAAGAAACGAGCUCCUUAAAUGAGGAGCUUUCAAAUAAAAAGCAUUUGUUGAAAAGUGGAAAGGAUCAAAUAGCGAGACUAACUGCAGAGCUUCAAGGUGUCAGAUCUCUACUUGUAGAGAAGGGCUUUGAACUGAUUGAGGAGCAAUCAGGUGAAGUGGAUAGAGGAGGGAAAUUACUGAGGGCAGAUAAUGGUGAUGAAAUUGCUUCAUAUUAUAUGGCAAAUAGUGAAGAAUAUAUGCUUAUUAAGGACAAGUAUGCCUUAAAUGGUAUAGGAGAUUGGAAUGAUGGCGCUGGAGACAGGCUUCAAGAACUUGCAGAAACUCAUCGCAUUCAGGAGGCACAAAAAGUAGCCAAAUCAGAAAAUCAACAGUCUGUGGGGAAUAACAUUGAUUUAGAAAACUCAGUGAGAAACCUGCAAGCAGAACUAGCAAAGAAAGAGAUUGAUUUUCAAAAGAUUAUGGCAGAGCGAGAUAAAAUGAGAGCAGGUUUAGAAAAGCAGGUGAGCAUUUCAAAACACAUGAAGCAGAUUCUUAACGACAAAGAUGCAGAAAUAGCUAUGCUUAUAUCAUCCAAAGAUGGGCAGAUAUCCAACUACUUAGAACAAAUACAGAGGCAAUAUCGUAAGCGCCUGGAAGAGUAUGAACAGCAGCUGAACUCCUUCCAAGAAGAGAAGGAAAGGUCAAGAGAGGAAUACCGGAGAACAGAGAGCGCAUUAAAGAACCUGCAAGCAAAGUACGAAAAAGCCAUCAAUGACAACGCACUGAUUUCCAGCGAAAUUGAGGCCUUCAAAAAGUCCAUGUCUUCUCUUCAGUCUGACAGAGACUUGCUCUUUUCAGAAUUAAAAGAUAUUAAUGGCCACCAUGAGUCUGUACUAACUGAGAAAGAGGGUGUGAUUAAUAACACUGUGAGUGAAAACAUUCGCCUUAAGCAAGAACUCAGGAAUUCGCUCAACCAAAUAGAUGAUCUCAAUGCUGAAAAUGCUAUGCUGGGCGCCCAACUGAUUAGGUACAGGGAAGAUCUCAAUCAGGUUCUGUCUCUCAAAGACCACCAGUUAAAAGAACUGCUGAGACAGAAACUGGAUCAUAUUAAGAACCUUGAGCAAGAAAAAUCUGGUCUCCAGAGGCAACAUCGCGAGGUGCAGAAUGCAAGCACGUUGCUGAAGCAGGAACUCAGUGACUGUAAGAUUGAGAAUCAGAAGUUAUCAGAUAAAGUAAAGGACCAGGAAGAUCUUAUUGCCACCAUUAACAAAGAGAAGAUUGUCUCUGAGUCCAAAAAGGAGUCGUCGGGAUCGACAGUGCAAGAAAAGCUGAUUAGUCUUCAACAGGGUGUAUUUGAGAAAGGGAAAGGAGAUGAUAUACACCCAGGCGAAAGUAACUCCAAACCCACAGAAAAUCCAACAGAAUUAAAAACCUACUGGGAAAUUUGCAAUGAAAACAAGGAGCUUAAAUCUCAGAAUGAAUCGUUUGGAAAAGCCAUGGCUUCUUUGCAAAACGACAGAGACUCCUUGAUAGAGAACUUUAAGGUUCUGCAGUGGAGAUACAUUUCCGAGCUAAAAGUCGAGAGGUUACGGGGGGACGACCUUGAGAGACAGUCAAGUAACUUUAAAUCCCUCAUUUACGGUUUGCUGAAAAAGAACUCGCUCCUCGAUGACGCACUAAUCGCAGCAGAAAAUGCAGUCACACUGGAUCAGCUAGCAGGCAAAGUGGAUUCCAUAUGCAGCACCUUUGCAAGCAAAGUAUUGGAGGUAAACAGGCUGUCUUCUGAGUGCACCAGCUAUCAACAGCAGAUUGACGCCUUUUCCAAAGCUAUGGCAAGCCUCCAGAAUGAUCGAGAGCGAUUACUACAGGAACUUAAACUAGGGGCCUCGUCUAAACAAUCCAGUGCUUCCAGUGGUGAGCCUAACCAUGCCACAGAGUUGGAAUACCUUACUUUGGAUAUGUCCCAGCCGUCUGGCAAAGAUACACAGGUUUCCGAGUCAAGCAGCAAUUCUGCAGCUGAAAGCACAAAAUUAAGAAUGAAGGUGGCGGAGCUCGAGCGACAACUGUGGCACGUCAGAAGCUUCCAGGAAAAAACAGAACAAGAGAUCACCUCUUACCAGUGUGAGCUGGCGGAGCUAAGAUCUGAAAAGAACCUGCUUGUGACUGAAGCGCAAACCCUUCAACAUCAAUAUAAUAUGAGCCUUGCAGAGAAAGAUCGCCAGAUUGCCGAAUUCUCCCAAAUCCAGAAGGGCGCUUCUCUAGCUCCCAGCACGUCGUAUAGCACAAAGAGUGACAUCCAGGCUGAAGUCCCCCCUGGUGCUCCGCAGGAGAGAACAAGUGUCCUGGUGGAAAUAGAAGAUUCUGAGCUGAUUGACUUAAGAAGAAGGCUUGUGGAGAGUGAGCAUCUGUACGACACCGUUCAGCAAGAGCAGUCACAUCUGUCGGCGAGAUUAGCAGAGGAAAGGACACGGAGAGAGGCGGCAGAAGAUGCUCUGCAGCUUGCAGAGCAACAGAAUAAAAGCCUGGAAAUAGAGCCUUCGCCCAGAGAAUACGAGUUCUCUCUUCAGAUGGAGUCGGAGGAUGAGCGGGAAGCGUUGAUAAUCGAUCCUACACAGCAUGUCGUGGUUAGAAAGAUGAAAGGAAGCGCACUUUCUCUGCGGAGGUGGUUACGAGGUCGAAGCCUGUACUGUUCCAAGCUGUUGACAUGCAGGUCGAAGACCCGUUACCUUUUCCUCGGAUACCUGUUGGUGUUACAUGCCGCCGUCCUUAUGUGGCUGACUGGUGUGCUAUAGCUGAACUAUAGCGUCCGUUUCAGGCUUGUGCGGCUACUCAAGAGUUAACAAUUGUUACAAACUGAACAGGUAUUAUGUCUCCAUUUUGGCCUCUGCACCACGGCGUAUUUUAACAGAUUUUUGCACUGAACGGACGAAUGAGCGGUACAGGAGCGCGGGACACUGCGGUUUAUCACUACUGACUAUGGUAUACGGGGUGCCGAGUGCAGGAGGAGGGAAUUGUGGGUAAUACAGGCGCAGCUGCUACACACACACACUACAGGUUAGGGACUGGUAAGUAGAGCAAUGUAUAUAGUAGCACUCUGCAUCUCUCCUCCUUUACCCUCAAUAUUGCGCUGCUGUGAUACCCUGCACUGGGUAUAAUUGUACAUAUUUCUACAUGAGACUGUAAUUAAGACUUCUGUAUAUCUCGGUUGUGCUAUAAUAGAGUCUAUUAUAUUUGCUAAAGAAAUUCUACUUCCUACUGUAUAGAAAUUGCUGCUUUUCGGGUGUUUCUGGAUGAUUACUACUUGAAAUGGUGGGGGGGGGUGAAAUGUAUUUUUUUUCUCUAUGCAGAUAUUAUUUUGAAAGACUAAAGGAGGACAUAGACAUAACAAUUAAGAUCUUUCUUGGAAAAGAUCUUUCAAUACACACGUGUAGAGCUGAAUCAUCAGAUAUACAGAAAGAAACAAUAGAAUUCUACCUGUAUCUGACCAUUCAGCACUAACAAUGGCCGAUGUUUGGGUGCCUUCAAAAGUGCCGGAUCAGAAUUUUCAGUCCAGCCCGAUCGACGAGCCGACCGAUAUCCAAGUCUUCUGCCGAUAUCGGUCAGCUUUUUUCCCACCAUACACGCACUGAAUAUUGUAUGAAAAUUAGUUUCAUACGAUAUUAUCUGUGCGUCUAUGGUCACCUUUAGGGUGGUGCAUUUCCAAGCCUUCCAGGUGCAGAGAACUACAAUUCCCAGAAUCCCUGGAAGAGCUUUCAGCUGAAGGUUUUAGUUGAAAACAGCUGAAGGACCAUGCAUUUGAUGGCUCUGCUCUGUAUGUUAAAGGAGAAUUCAACCCUUUAGCAAAACAACCCCACAUAGACCCCCUGCCUCCUCCCCCCAGCCUAACUGCCGCCCCGGGGAAACACCCCUAACUUUUUACUUACCCCUCGGAGCAGAUUCAGGCAUCGGAGUUUCAUACAUCCAUCUUCAGGGUCUUCGGUAAGCUGAGACGGAGAAAGGCGAAUCGGCACAUGCGCAGUUGGAGCUCCGAAAUGGACGGAAAUUGCAGAAGCGCAGGAAGAAGACGCCAAGACCCGGUAGAUGGCUGCGGUGAACUCAGAUGCCUGAAUCCUGGGAGGAGGAAGGGGGGGUCUACGUGGGCUGGCGGGUACGGGUUCUUUUGCUAAAGGCUUGAAUUCUCCUUUAAAGGGAUACUGUUGUAUCAGUUACCAGUGUACAUUGUGGAGUAGAGAGCAGAUUUGCAGAUUGGCCUGAUGAAUCACAGGCCAGAUGCAACAUAUCAGUCUUACCACCCUUCAUAAGGUUUCACAUAAGAUUUUAAAUAGAGACCAUGGAUCAACACUAUUGGAUCCUUAUUCUUUAUCGUGUAUCUGAAGCUUAUGGCACCCAGGGGUUUUCAUUUGAGACCGAGGCAAAUGUCCCAGAGGAAAAUGUAUGACAAAUAUGGCAGAUAUGGCCGUUGACUUUAUAAUGGCCUGUCAUAGACUUUCCUUAUAGACAAGUUUUCAUAAAAUCACUAAGACAAAAUACUGUUACCCAGUUAAUACACUGAAUCAAGUCCCAUUUCCCCUAAAUGCCAGCACCAAUACCGUUAUUUUGAUCACAGUAUCCCUUUAAGAACCCAAUUGAAGUCCCAUGCCUCUUACUGUGUGGCAGGGAAGCUUAAAGUGCAAUAAAAUAAAUUCCUUUAUUGACCUGUUGGUUUCUCACCUGAAAAUAAACCUUUAAACCAA